UUUUGCAUGGAGAAGUAGUGUGGGUUUUUAAAUUUUGGAUCUCUGAGGCAAUUCUGUUAAGGCUUCCAUUCUUUUCCCAGCUCUGGUUUCCGUGGACUCUGCUUCUCCAGUGAAUGACCUGUGAGGAAAACUGAGCAGUUCUUACAACUCUAAAAUCAUGGCUCGUGAUUUGGUGAUAUUCAGAGAUGUGGCUGUAAACUUUACUCAGGAAGAGUGGGAAUGCCUGAACUCAUAUCAGAGGAAUUUGUACAGAGAUGUGAUAUUAGAGAACUAUAGCAACUUGGUGUCAGUUGGAUGUUCCAUUUCUAAGCCAGAUGUGAUUACCCUAUUAGAGCAAGGGAAAGAACCUUGGAUGGCUGUGAAGGAUGAGAAAAAAAGAUGGAGCCUAGAUUUGGAAUCUAAAAAUUUAUCUCAAAAGGAUAUUUAUGAAAUGAAUUUAUCUCAUUGGGAGAUAAUAGAAAACAUUAGAAGUUGUAGCCUGGUGGAAGACUCCUUUUUCAGAAAAAAAUGUGAAUAUAAAAAAUUUGAGAGACAAGAAGGUCCUCAAAAGGGGUAUUUCAGGCAAGUAAAAAAACCCACCUCUGAAAAAAGGCCCACUUACAGAAAACUCAAAUCUCUUACUUUAUAUCAGAGAAGUCAUAAUAGAGAAAAACCUUAUGAAUGUGAGGAAUGUGGAAAGGCUUUUAGAGUACGCCAACAACUUACUUUCCAUCAGAGAAUUCAUACUGGUGAGAAACCCUAUGAAUGUAAAGAAUGUGGUAAAGCCUUUAGACAGUGUGCCCACCUUAGCCGACAUCAGAGAAUUCAUACUUCUGACAAACUCCUUGAAUGUAAAAAAUGUGGAAAGAUCUUUACAUGUAGUGCAGAUCUUCGAGUACAUCAGAGAAUUCAUGUUGGUGAGAAGCCCUAUCAAUGUAAGGAAUGCGGGAAGUCCUUUAGAGUGCGUGGACAACUUAAUCUUCAUCAAAGAAUUCAUACUGGUGAGAAACCCUAUGAAUGUAAGGAGUGUGGGAAGACCUUUAGACAGUAUGCACACCUUACUCGACAUCAAAGACUUAAUAUUGCUGAGAAGUGCUAUGAAUGUAAGGAAUGUGGACAGGCUUUUCUGUGUAGUACAGGCCUUAGAAUACAUCACAAACUUCAUACUGGUGAAAAACCCUAUGAAUGUAAGGAUUGUGGGAAGGCCUUCAGAGUGAGGCAACAACUUACUCUCCAUCAAAGAAUUCAUACUGGUGAGAAACCCUAUGAUUGUAAGGAAUGUGGGAAGACCUUUAGUCGUGGCUAUCAUCUAACUCUCCAUCAGAGAAUUCAUACUGGUGAGAAACCUUAUGAAUGUAAAGAAUGUCAGAAGUUCUUUCGUCGCUAUUCAGAACUUAUUUCACAUCAGGGUAUUCACAUUGGAGAGAAACCCUAUGAUUGCAAGGAAUGUGGGAAAGCAUUUAGACUGUUCUCACAACUUACUCAACAUCAGAGUAUUCAUUUUGGUGAGAAACCUUAUAAAUGUAAGGAAUGUGAGAAAACUUUUAGACUGCUCUCACAACUUACUCAACAUCAGAGUAUUCAUACCGGUGAGAAACCCUAUGACUGUAAGGAAUGUGGAAAGGCCUUUAGACUUCACUCAUCACUUAUUCAGCAUCAGAGAAUUCAUUCUGGUGAGAAACCAUACAAUUGUAAGGAAUGUACAAAAGCAUUUAGACAACAUUCACACCUUACUUACCAUCAGCGAAUUCAUAAUGUAACUAAAUAGUUAUCAGAAAGCCUUCCAUUGUGAAUUUUGUGUUAAGCAUUGGAAAAUCUAGAAGAAAAGUUUUUUUAAUGUAGGGAUCCCUUUUACUUCAUGCUAACAACUAACUUAAAGGAAGAAUAUGUUCAUGAAUAUGUAGAAGCCAUUAAUCACCAUUUAAAUCAUGUUAAACUCCAGGAAAUUUAUUUUAGAAAGAAAUUAUUUUAAAGGAGUAAAUGUAGAAAAGAAGUUGAUAAGGUAAUGUACUUUAGUAGAGAAUUUUGCAACACAUGAAAUUAAUGUAACUAGGUAUGACUCUCAGUAGAAGUUGAGAACGUUAGGUGAAAGGUUGAUAGACACUUGAUUGUGAAUAGGUCAGAUUGACAACAUGUAAAUCCACUGAUCAAUUUUAACCUCAUCAAAAAUAGGACAAACUAUAUUGUACUCCUUAAGGAGGUAAAAUAAGACAUUUUGCCAAAAAAUACUGAACCUGAGUCUAAGUAAGCAUCAAGAUCUAACUCCAAGUUUAGAGAAAAUUCAGGGAAUGGUAGAAUAAAUUAAAAAGCAAUUAAACCUAAAAUAUGGGUAAUUCUACAAGAGGGACUACCUGGUUUCUCAACCAGUAAAAUGACACUGAAAAUAGGGAAGUGGAAUUCUUAGAUAUUAAGAGUCUUAAGAGGUAUAUGAAUCAAAUGUAGAUAGCAUUAAGAAAUUAUGUUUUUGUUAAGUGAUAACCUGUGUUUAUGUAAAAAUGUCUGGAGUUGAUACAGGCAAGAUGAUACGAUGUCGAAUUUUCUUUAAAAUGCUCAUGGAAAAGAAGAUGUAUAACAAGUUUGUCAAAAUGGUGGUAAGCCUUGGCUAGGUAGCUCAGAUGGUUAGAACAUUGUCCCACUAUGCCAAGGUUACGGGUUUGAUCCCUGGUCAGGGCACAUACAAGAA